GCAGUUUCAGCCCCAACGCGAUCACAUCCAGCCGAGACAGGACGAGGAGCUGUGGGCCUUGACGUUGGCCGGAUGGUUAAAUCCAACCUCCAGACGAUCCUGAAUAGCCACUGUUUUGUCAGAGAAAAAGAGAGAAAUAUACCCAAGAUGCCUGUAGCCGAAAUGACCCGUAAUAAACCCGAGAUCGAGAGUCCUCGACGUUGCCCCCGGUGUUGCAGUAACCCGUGUCCGGGGCCUCUGUGGUGUUCCUGAUGCCCCUCACCCACCAUUGAAGAUCCCAGGUGGGCGAGGGAAUGAUCAGCGGGAUCACAAUCUUUCAGCUAAGCUAUUCUACUCUGAUGCUCAGUUGCUGGUUCUUGAGGAGCCUCCCCCCUUGAACAGCCGUGUACGUUUUUUGCUCUUUGAGCGGCGCUGCUCUGAGUCUAAGCCGCUAAUCUGGAGGGGUGCACUGACGGGGGCCAAGCUUUACAUCGAGAUUCCCCCUGGAGCACUUCCUGAAGGCAGCAAGGACAGUUUUGCUCUCUUGCUAGAAUUUGCAGAAGAGAAGCUUCAGGUUGAUCAUGUUUUCAUUUGCUUCCAGAAGAACCGUGAUGAUAGAGCAUCGCUUCUGCGGACAUUCAGUUUCCUGGGCUUUGAGAUUGUGAGGCCUGGUCAUUCCCUUGUCCCAUCCCGACCAGACGCUUUCUUCAUGGCUUACAGCAUCGAAAGAGACUCGGACGACGAUUGAAUAAUGUGUAGUAAUCCCUUGCUUCAAUGAGUUUGUGCUUGUUCACCCAAAUUUGUCACCAUUAAAACAAAUCGGAAAGAUUAUCAACACACUACAUUGAUGUUUCCUGUGAAUUACUAUUCAGUAGUUCUCAAAAGUUGUGCUGUACUUCAGUGAUAUUUGCACUAGCGUAAACUAGCGAAUUUCCACAGCAAUCCUUAGGCCAUAAAUCAUUUCCAUUGGGUUUACCACCUAAAGUAAUUCUGUUUCAUGCUGGUUCUUCCACUACUGUUCCCACACAUUUGCUUUGUAGAUUGUAAUAUUUAUGGUAAAUUCCCAUGCAACGAGAAAUGUAUGUAAGUAGUUUUGUUUCCAGUGCUAUUUCAUAUUGAUUUUUCAUGUUUGUAUUGAUUUAUAUGAAUGUGUGCAUGAAUCUUCAAAGUGUUUUUGUUUGAAUUUUUUUGUUUUUCCAGGUUCAGAUGAUUGGUCUGCAUGUUUGUAACAGUGCAGAAUAAAUGUGCUCACCCUG